CGACGGCAGAGCCAUCGAAACCUCCGAUCGCUGAGCGAAGGCGUCCCCACAUCUGAUAUUACUUCCUGCUCCCAGAGUGAGUGAGAAAGAGAGAGAGAGAGAGAGAGAGAGAGAGAGAGGUACAGACAGACAGACAGAACGAGAAUACCAAGUGAAAACUUUUAAGAGUAUAUUGCCGCAUAUUUCUUUUUGAGGUCAGCUUCUAGUCAUCUGCUCUUUUUGGGUCUGCUUCUGGUCAUCCCGCCGAACAGUUUGCUCCGUUAUUCCGCUUCGUUCAGGAGGUAAAGGGGCAUCGCUGCAUGGUCUAGGAGAAAUGAUCAAGGCUGCCUUUGUGUUCGUCCUCGCCUUGGCGGUGGUGGAGUGUUCAGAUAAUAAAGGAAGUGUGGAAUUCUCAAGAAUGAGUUUCACUAUGAAGUGUCCAAAUUCAGAGAGAGGUGACAUACAUUGGACAGAGGCAUAUAAUAGCAAGGGAAACGAAGCGACGCUGCGUUAUGAGGAGAGUGCUAAGAAGACGCAUUCCUGCACCAUGGACGAUGAUAAGACAUACUAUUUUUAUGUAAAAGGAAGGGUGUGUGAGCAUUGCUAUGAGCUGGAUGGGGGGCUACUGAUUGGCAUCAUUUUCGUGGAUCUGCUGGUCACCGGAGGCUUCAUCAUCGUCAUCUACAACUGCGCGCAGAGAAAAUCCUCAUCUGCGCGCUCCCCUGCUCCAGCAUCUGGACGUCCCGUGCGUGCAAAUGCUCCUUCGGUGCCCGACCGGGACUAUGAGCCGCUCAAUCAUGCCACUCGAGAUACGGCAACCUACGCUGUCGCCGGGGUGAACAGAACCGGCUAGAGCUGACAGACGAAUGUCCCAAGCGGUCCUCCACCGGAAGACUCUGGUAUCCCACAUGUCUUUAGUCUCUCCUGUCAGUCCCCCAGCCCCAAAUGCCAACUGCAUCUCCUGGUUAGUUGUCCUGGCUGCAGUGAAAUUUGUUUUGAGUGCUUUCUUAUUUUCAAGUACUGUCUCUGUCUAUAAUUUUGUAGUUAGUAAAAAACAAAAAAAAACAGAAUUUUUAAUGGGGGGGGGACUUUUAUUUGCAAAUAUUUUUUCAGUUUUUGAUAAAUUUAGUGGUCUUUAUCGUGAUAUUUAAUUAGCAGUAAACUCAAAGUGGUGUGGUUUUGAUAAGUCAUGGUACAGCACUAGCUGUUCGUUGAAAGGAGAACACUCUGAACGAGAAAAUGUCAUAUUUCUCAACAAAGUGAAUUCAUAUAAAUAAUACAAUUGACAGCAUUUGUCAGCACUGUAUUUGGUUUAUUGGUGAUGUCAUUAAAAUAGAAAAUUUAAUUGAUUUUUUUUUAUAUGAGCACAUUUUAUUUGGACAGAAAUGUGGAAUAUAUGAUUAUUUUUGGCAUUCUUAGAAAGAAAGGCGGCGUUUAUAUAGAUAUUUAAGUUUUAGCAUCGCCCUUUAAAAUGUUUAGAUACUAAUAAGACAUUAAAUUAAGUACAAUUUCAAUGUGAAAAAGCCAUCUGACUAUGCUUGUGUUUCUCAACAAUAUUUCUCUGAGGAAAUUUGUCAUGAAAUAAAAGAGAUUCUUGAAUCUGAAUGGCUUUCCAAGCAGUAGGAUUUAAAAGAUAUUCUUUAGCAUAACCCCGUAGCUAUUAAUCUUAGUAUUAUUGGAUAAUGUGAAAUGUCAAUGGCCAGUUUUGUAAGUUCAAAUGUGCACUUGUGCAUUUACGUUAUGUCAUAAGAGUAUGCAUUAAAUGAUAAAAAUAAUAACUUUAUUCUGAUAUUUAUGAUCACUUUAUAGCCAACUGUCAUGCUGUCGAUCACAUUUUUGUCACUUUGUUUUUCACAAGUAUCAGCCAUAGGAUUUCACGUUUAUUAAAUGGUCUUUAUUUUACCACCUACGUAGCAUCUGAAAUUCCUCAGCUUUCUUUGAAAGCAUUUCCAUAAACCCAUGAGAAUUUUGCUUGAGUGCAUGUUCAAAUAUAUAAUGUAAUGAAUGCAAUUUGUGUAAACCUUGCAGAAUUACGCUUGCGGGGAAUGAAUUGGUAUUUUGGUGUAAUUGCCAGUGUAUCAGUUAUAUAUUUUUUUGCAAUCAUAGUUAUAAAUAGAUGCAUGUAAAACACGCCAGUGUCAUAUUUUCCUUUGACUUUAUGAUUAUGAUCUUUACCGCCUCAUAAAUAUUGCGCCAUUUAUGUUUUGUGACUUACAAAAGGGCGGAGUCAGGCGAUUGGACAGGCUGUGUGAGUAUGUGAGCCAGCGGAAAGGUUUCAUAAGAGCGUGCUGCCAGUUUAAUCAUUCUCUCUGUGAAGACAUCACUCGCUGCUCUUAAUGGAAACAGUCUGUAUCAUCAGUUCAUUUAGAGAGGCUUCAGUAGAAAUGAAAAGCAAAAACAUGUUUGUCUGCUUGCUGUACUGUAGUUCUUCUGGAAAAAGUAUUGCCAUUAAAAAAAUGUGAGCUCA